GUCGCCUUAUUUUGGUCACGGUGAAGAGAAUAGAGGAGAAGAAGAAGAGGAGACGAAUUUUUCUUCUCCUUCUCUUCUCAUUCUCUUAAAUUUCGCUAACUUCUUUCUGUUGUUCUCUAUCUAUCGAAUGGCUCGCGCUCUCUCCAAUGGAAAGGUUCUCUUCGCCGCCCUCUCCGAUGGGCUUGUUUUAAGUGGAAGGAGGUUUUCGUCGGCGGCAGCGGCUGCGGCUGCGGGAAGGGUUAUGAUGGAGGAGACGACGGUGUUGAGGAAGGGAGUAAUGAAAACGGGAACGGCGACAGCAGAUGAGGCGGCGAUGUCUUGGAUUCCCGAUCCUGUGACUGGCUAUUACCGGCCGGCGAACUGUCACAGGGAGACAGAUCCGGCCGAGCUCCGCCAGAUAUUUCUCAAGAACAAGGCUUAUGUUUAAGAGAGAAAUUGAUUGCGGUGGAUUUUAGUGCCUUCGUUGCUCCUUUUUCAGCCUUGAUGUUGUUGCUGUAUGGUGUCAUAUUGUUUUUAUUUUAAUAAUAAUGCGCAGAGUUCUUAGUCAUCUUGGAUUAAAAUUUGCUUACGAUUUUUUU